UCGCCGGGCCGCUGCUUUGUGGCCGGCACACCCCCGCGGGACGCCAUGGAGUUCCCCGAGCACAGCCGGCAGCUGCUGCGGGGACUGCGAGAGCAACGGGCCCAGGGUUUCCUCUGCGACUGCACCGUGCUGGUGGGCAGCGCCCCGUUCCCGGCUCACCGCGCCGUCCUGGCCGCCUGCAGCGCCUUCUUCCACAUGUGCUACGCCGAGCGGUUGGACAAAGGCGACUUGGUUUGCCUGAACAGCGAGAUCGUCACGCCACCCGCCUUCGGGCUGCUCCUGGAGUUCAUGUACGAGGGGCGGCUGGCGCUGGCCGCCACGCCGCUGGAGGACGUGCUGGCGGCCGCCAGCUACCUGCACAUGAACGACGUCGUCAAGCUCUGCAAGAAGAAGCUGCAGGCACGGGUGCCAGCUGAGGCCGACAGCACCAAAAGGGAGGAGGACGCCCCUGGCAGCCCCCCGCUGCCGCCCGCCGCCCCCCAGCAGCGCCCACCCAGCCCCGGGGGGCCCCUCCUGGCCCUCCCCGGCCCGGCCCCGCAGCCCGGCAUGGAGGGCGACUGGCCCCGCGCAGCCCCCCCGGAGGUCCCCCUCCCCAGCCCCAGCAGCUCGACGGAGGCCGCCCCCCGCGCCACCUUCCCCGGGGGCGAGCUGCCUGCUCCAGGGGGGCUCUGCGCUGGGCCCUGGGCACCUGCCGCUCCCGGGGGGCUGCUGCCCGCUGCCGUCAAGGUCGAGGCCAUCGUCAUCUCCGAUGAGGAGCCCGAGGCGGGCACCCGCCGCCCCGCCGGCCUCUUCCCUGGGCCGUCCCGUGCCCCACGGCCCGCAGCCUUUGGGGAGACGUCGGGAGAACCGCUGCCCUUUGGGCUGCCGGCUCUGCGGGAGCCGCUGUUCCUGCCGCCGCUGGAGGGGCGCGGGGGCUUCGGGCUUUUCGCCGAAGAGGCGCCGACCUGCCCCACCUGCGGGAAAACCUUCUCCUGCUCUUACACCCUGCGCCGCCAUGCCACCGUGCACACGCGGGAGCGUCCCUACGAGUGCCGUCACUGCCUGCGCAGCUACACCCAGUCCGGGGACCUCUACCGCCACAUCCGCAAGGCCCACAGCCACGGGCCGACCACCCGCGGCGGCGGCGGCGGCGGCGGAGCCCACGCCGAUCACGAUCGCGAUUGCGACAACCCGCCCUAA